CAGUACAGAGGGUCAAGCUGAUUCUGAGUAGUGCAGUAGAGCAGUGUACAGAGCAGGCAGGACAGAGGUAUUCAGGGGGAACCUCAGGGGUGAGUCAUAGGCGGGAGCAGCAGGACAGCACGCAGUAAAGAUAGCGCAAAGGAUAGCGAAGGUAAUGUGGAGUCUAUAAGCAGACCACGACAGGGUACACAGUUAAGUACAGGCAGUACAGUGGAAGCGGAGCUGCAGGACACACCGCGACACGGACAGCAUGCGGCUCUCUCACGCGCUCUGUGCGGGUUUUACUCUGCUGUUUGCGCUUCAACACGCUGCGGCUUUCUGGUUACUGAAUGUGAUCUUCCCACCGGCAGCAGGUCCGAGUGCAGUCAGCAACAGUACACCCCCUCUCAUUAUAGUGCCAGGAAAUUUGGGAAACCGUCUAGAGGCCAAAAUAGACAAACCAACUCUGGUUCACUGGCUGUGCUACAAGAAGACAGAGGACUGGUUUGACCUGUGGAUCGACCUUAACAUGUUCAUGCCUAUUGGCAUAGACUGCUGGAUCGACAACAUGAGGAUUGUAUAUAACAGAACCACUCACAGAUCAUCCAACGCUCCAGGUGUUGAAGUGCGAGUACCUGGAUUUGGCCAAACAUACACUAUAGAGUUCCUGGAUAAAAACAGACUGGCAGGUUAUUUUCACACCAUGGUUGAACAUUUGGUUAGCAUCGGAUAUGUGAGGAAUGAGACCGUCCGAGCAGCGCCGUAUGACUGGAGGAUUGCCCCGAAUGAGCAGGCGGAGUAUUUUUCAAGUCUGAAGGAUCUGGUAGAGGAGAUGUACAAUACGUAUAAGCAGCCGGUCCAUCUGCUUGGCCACAGCAUGGGCAGCCAUUACAUCUUAUAUUUUCUCAACCAGCAAAGCCAGGCGUGGAAGGAUCGCUACAUUAAGAGUUUUAUCUCACUGGGAGCGCCAUGGGCUGGAGCAGUAAAACCUCUUCGUGUUUUAGCUUCAGGCGACAAUGAUGGCAUCCCGUUUGUGUCUACCAUCAAGAUCCGCGAGGAGCAGCGCAUGACCACCACCAACCCCUGGAUGAUCCCGUCUGUAGACGUCUGGUCUGAGGAUCAUGUCUUCAUCUCCACACCAUUCUUUAACUAUACAUACCGGGACUACCAUCAGUUUUUCAAUGACAUUAACUUUGAGGACGGCUGGUACAUGUGGGAGGACACGAGAAACCUCACGGCGAGUAUGUCAACGCCCGGGGUCGAGGUCCACUGCUUCUACGGUGUUGGCCUUCCCACCCCUGUGACCUACAUCUAUGACGAUCAGUUCCCGAAUGCCGACCCUGUGGACUUUGUUUACGCUGAUGGGGACGACACUGUGGACAGUCUCAGUAUGAGCCAGUGCAAGCGCUGGAUAGGAAAGCAAAAGCAGCCUGUGUAUGUGACUGAGUUUAAGGGCAUGGCCCACCUCGACAUAGUCUUUAACCAGAACGUCCUCGAUGCCAUUCAGGAGAUCCUCGAGGGAACGUUCAAACGGGACAUGAGCGUCAGGACAGUUGCAGUAAAACAUCAACAGCGCAAACUGAUUAAUCCGAACCCUUAACUAACUUACAAUGUAAUGGUGGGAAUGUCAUGAUAGCUUAGUACAUUUUGUAGAGCCUCUGUGAAGGUACACUCCAGCAUUUUCAACCAGCUCUCUAUCUACCGCAUCUGUCAAGGAAAACAACUGUUGGUUUUAUUUAAUACACCGUAAGGCCAAAAGUAUUUGGACAUCUGAUCAUGAGCUUGUUGGACAUUACAUUUACAACACAAAUGGUAUUAAAAUAGACUGACCUCUGUGUGAUCUUUUUAGCUAUAACAACAGUCACUCUUUUGAAAAGGUUUCUUGAAAGACUGGAAUAUGUUUGUGGGAAUUUGUGCCAAUGCAGUCAAAUGAGCGUUUGUAUGGCUCAGCACUAAUGUUAGUGAAUAAAAUCUCAGUUGAUGUUCCAGUUUAUUCCAAAGCUCUUCAGUGGGGCUGAGGUCAGGGCUCUGUGCAGGACACUGGAGUUUCUGUAAACCAAGAUUUUAAGAUUUUCUUCAUGUCUUUGUGCACAGGGGAACAGUCGUGCUGGAACUGGAAAUUGCUUUUCUUGAACUGUUGCUGCUAAGUUGGAAGCAUAUAAUUUCCUUUAUAUAACUGAUUUAUUACACGUUAGCAAUUGUUGUUGCUGAAACACAUGAAUUUAAAAAUUAGAAGGGGUGUCCCAAUACUUUUGUCCAUGUAGUGUACAUUUCUAGCUCAGAUAUCCGCACACAUCAUGUAUUUGGCUUUUUUGUCUUUAAAACUAAAAUAAUAAAUAAAAAAAGGAUUUAAACACCACAAAUCUCUCUAUUUCCUCGGCUGCUCCCGUUAGGGGUCGCCGGCGGAUCGUGAUCCGCAUUAUUGAUUUGGCACAGUUUUUACGCCGGAUGCCCUUCCUGACACGACCCUCCCUAUUUAUCCGGGCUUGGGACCGGCACUACAAUGCACUGGUUUAUGCAGCCUAGCAGCCAGGUACCUAUAGGAUAAUUUAGUGUCUCCAAUUAGCCUGGUUGGAGGAAACCGGAGCAAACCCACACAGACACAGGGAGAACAUGCAAACUCCGCACAGAAAGGACCCGGACUGCCCCACCCAGGGAUCGAACCCAGGACCUUCUUGCUUUGAGGCAACAGUGAUAUCCACUUAGCCACCGUGCCACCCAUUUAAACACCACAAAUGAACAACAUAAAUACUUUGUAGCACAGACUUUGCAGUUACAGUUUUGGGACAUUUGUGGUAAAAAAAAGUUUGCCCAUUUCUUCUGUCAAACUGUCUUUAGUUUCACCAAGGUUAUAAGGGUCCCACUGAAGGACUAGCAGUUUUAUAAUCCUAGUUUUCAAAUUUGAAUCACAGCUCUGCUAUUGGCGCCUACACAGACAUGAUUGGCUGCGCCUGACGACAAAAACAGUGCUUAUAUACUUGUUUGUCUUUUUGUCGGCUCUGUAUGUGAUUACUAUAGACAGUUCGGUUGUACUGAGAAAAGAAUUUUACUGGUAUAAUAAAAGUACUCUGCACA